AGGAGUCAUGGCUGAUAAGAACCAACUAGUAGUAGCAGUGCGGACUGAAGCCGCACCCCCAGCAUAUCCAUACGUUUUUCGCCGUGCAUAUAUCUGCGGUCAUCCUGACGAGUUCGUCCAAGUCUCAAAACCAGCGAACCAGAAAAGAGUCUCACAUACAGUCAUAGAUCCAAACCAGGUCGAGGGUCAGAAGAAAGACUGGCCAGAGUACAAGCUGGUACGGUGCCGACCAUGCGCAAUGAGGUUACGUGAAGAGCAUCGCAACAUGCAAGAGAGCGGAAAAGGAGAAAGAAUCAGAUCGGUAGCGGUCUACCAAGGGGAGACGAUGCGUCCUGACCGAGGAUUGCUCAGUGAGGCCAGAUCAGGGUUCGAAGCUGCAAUGAAGCAAUUGGACCGCGUCAGUUGUUGCGGAGGAGAAGAGGAGGAACAAUGGCCACUCAUGAAUGAAAUUAUCGGUAACGACGAUGAUUCUAUCAAAGUGGUGAGAUUCCUUGAUGGUCGUCGCAAGGUGGACUCGCCGGCAUCUUCGCCUUCGUCGUUUGCCCACACUUUCGGUGACAUGUGGCCCCUUCGAGGAGGUGGCGAGGACGAUGACAUUGGUUGCUGGGCGAAUUGCGAAACCUGUAGCCGAGGUCGUCGACGAAAGGAUAGUGCUUUUGAGGUCCACCAGAACACCACGCCGAAGUCUAAGAGCGAGAAGUGCACCAGCAGGGAGCCAGGAGAGCAAAGAGAAUACCUCCGAGACCUUCAUCUGGAUGCUCCACGCACGCCAAGGGUGGUCACCAUCGGCUCCACAAGCGACUUGGACUGGCUCAGGUUCUCCUACCUGCUCCGCAAUAAGAAUUUGAGCUUCGACGACAUUGCAGAGCUUGUAUCGCGAUAUGUGCCCAAUGAUAGCAAUCUCCCAGAAAAUGAUCCCGCGCAAGAAGAGGUUACAGCUGUCGGGGAAUCGAACACGCGCAACAGUACAUGGCGGAUUUCUGUACGUCAAUCGGAAAUCGUUGAAUGGGAUGUGUCGACUCUUGCAAAAAACGGGCAUACAUCAACAACGAGCGGCGUUGGAAACGACAAAGACCAGUCCAGUGAGCUAAGAUGCGGAGCGGGAGUUCUUAAGUCCAACGGCAUAGACGUCUGCCACCACGCGCCAACUCAACUACAGAAUCCUUCGAAGACUGUGAGCAUCGAUGGAGCGACAGAGCAUUCCCCCCAGCGUGAGCAUUUCGGAGAUUCAGACCAGUUUUAUGAUCGGUGUUCCAGCGAAGAUCAAGAGGUAUCCCGAUCAUGCUUCUCAUCCGAUUCAUCAGUGGACUCGGUCGACUUUUCGAAAGCAGAAAUCGGUAUCCUGGCGACCAAUAUGAGACCUACCAUGUUAUCUUGGCUGAGGCCAAAGAGGAAAUUCGAUAGCCUCCACGGGGGCACAAAGCCAGACUCAUCGGGUCCUAAGGAAUCUUCGGUUGGCCUCUGGAAGCGAAUCAGCAGAACAACAGCCCCCACAAUGAACGACACCCUGAAGGAGAAAGUCGACCGGAAGUUGCAAGUCAAACUCUCCAACGCCAAGUUGCGAGCUUCCAGCGCAAGCCAGAUACCUACCACCGAUUGCCAUCCUGCAUUCCGAGAACAAGCCGACACGCCAAACGUCCAACCGGAGCUUUUCACCUCAUCUCACAUCUUCAACGCCAUGAGAGCCUUCAGCAGCCAUCGCGCAAGCCAAACCGUACCCAGCGACACCACCAAAUCCCAAAGAGGAAGUCACGGCUCUAGCUUCAGCAGACCAAGGCCUGUCAGCACUCAUUCCACCGACAUCAUGCCAUACGGUUUUCACCGGCCGUACAGGCCUAGCCCAUUGAAACACGUAACCCGGGUCACAUCGCUAGACGUGAACAAAGGACUUCCACCUUUGCCCCCAGAAGCGCGGCGGCUCGCGCAUCAGGCUUCACACGCGAGGUUAAAGGACCUGCAGGCUGUGAAGCAGAUGGCUAUUCGGAAGGCGAUCAAUGAGUGUAUAGGUGAGAUGGCGAAGGCGUAUUGAAUGAUACAAUCG